GUUGGGGGCAUGUGCAGCACCUGGGUAAAGUUCAGUGAUGUGGUUGCAGGUGCUUCAGCCCUCGGCUUCGGCCUCUCCGGUGCUAUUGUGGCCCUCUACGCGCUGUACGCAGGCGCCGACUUGGAUUCAACUUCCAGUGUUCAGCGAAGCUUCAAGGACUGGGUAUGGCUUCGGCUUAUUUUUGUUGCCUUCCACAUUGCCAUGGAGUUCGUGCGUGGAAUGUCUCAGCGAGAUAUUGCGGGUCUUUGGGCCCAUACCACCGCCUUUAUCAGCGGCUUCGCGUACGUGAUGUAUUUUUUGCCCCCCAUGGGCGAUGGCACCUUGCUGUCCGCCGAGCGGCCCUACGUCGUGGCAUGCGCUUAUGACAGCAGCGGUUUUUCAUCCUCAGCACCUGAGUGCGUCAGGCUGUUCUCCAGCAUGUACGAAUACCAGGUGUCUUAUGUACAGCGGCAAGCAUUUCUUUUCUUCUCGACCGUCAUCGGCUGGACUGUCUUUAACGUUGCUGUGUUGCACCGGAAAGUCCCUGCCACUGGAGCGGUACUGCUUGCUGGCUCCGAAGUGAGCGCUGUUUGCUGCAAUCGACAGGGCCGACCAGGAGGAGGAGAUGGAUUGGCAUCCAACAUGGAGAGCAAGGAGGUGAUUCUUUGGUGCGAAGUGCUGGGCACCCUGGCCUGGCGGCCUGCUCCGGGCACGGAGGAUGCUGAGCGAAAGCUGGUGGCCAGGUGUUUGAACCAGGACCCUUCACAAAGUGCAGGAGGAUUGCUAGACCUUCCAGCUGAAGGUGAAGCGCAAUCUAACAACGUACAAGGCAAAGAUCUCCUGGCCUGGAGGGAAAACAUUUUCCUGCCCGUACUGUUCAAGCAGAGGGGCAGCUUUAUUCAGUUUGUACUGUACGACUUGGAUCCUGUCAAGAAGCCUAUUGCCUUUGCUUCCAUCACCCUCUCGCAGGCUCUUCGCUCGAAGGGUGAGCAAAGGAUGAAACUCCAACCGUUGGAGGGUGCCAAAGGUUCUUGGCCAAAGGCUGCGUCAGGCUGUUUGCCUUGGCGGCUUUCACCGCAGAUCGUCGUGAAAUUUCGGUACAUAGAACCGCAGAAAGCGCUUGAGAUCAAAGAUACAGCAAAGUAUCGGCUUCAAUUUAUGGAAGAAGAGAUCAAAAAAGCUGAAGAGCAAUUGGAUGGCUUGCGAAAGCAGAAGACCAUCCUUGAUGACCAGGGAGAGGCCGGACAGAGCUGAGCUGACCUGCAGCCGGAAAAA